GGUGCGGAGUGGGAGUGCGUGCCUCUCUGUGUGCGGUGUGCCUCCCCCCGCGCUGAAAAGGCGGCGGCGCUCCGUGGCCGGUAAAGCCGAGGAGCGUGGAAGACGCAAGGUGCAGUGUGUGUGUGUGUGUGGGUGUGUGUGUCAGAGUGCGCGGAGGGGCUGCGGGGGUAGAGCGGUGCGUGUGUGUGUCUGUGUGUGUGUGUAGACGAGGGGGGGCGAGCCCCGGCCGCCCCUUAUAAGAGACACAAUCCCCAGCCACUUUUUUGCAAAAGGGGCUUUGCAAAGCAGGCUGCGCACACGCGAGCGCCACGAGCCUCCCCGCGGCAGACGCACGGAGGGUGAAGGGGAGGGGGGCGGGCAGCGCCUCCCGCCAGCGCCGGCUGCUCCAGCGCCCGCCCGGUUCCGCCGCCCGCUGCCUUUGGUCGCAGCAGCCCCUCUGCCCCUGCCAUCCCUUGCCUGUCUCUUUGGGUUUUUUUAAGCGAACGACUCAAAUUCUUCCACCGUCCCCCUUCCCCCCUUCCUCAGUCUUCUCACAGUUUUUUUGGUGGUGAGUGGACAGGGACCGGCCGCCGAUCGGGCGCCCUCUCCUCGAAGGACGCUCCCGCGCCUAUGGCCAGCGGCAGCCCUGCCAGGAUGGCCAGCAGCGCCGGGCAGCAGCCGCCCUUCCUGCAGCCGGCGUGCUUCUUCGCCGCGGCGGUGGCCGCCGCCGCCGCCGCAGCCGCUCCUCCCGGCCCGCCGCCGGGGGCGCCGCCGCCGCAACUGAGCCCUGCGAGCGGGCAGCCGUCUCCAGGCGGCAAGACCUCUGUUCCGCGGACCGCCAAGCGGCAGCGCUCAGCCUCGCCGGAGCUGAUGCGCUGCAAGCGGCGACUCAACUUCAGCGGCUUCGGUUACAGCCUGCCGCAGCAGCAGCCAGCGGCCGUGGCGCGGCGCAACGAGCGCGAACGGAACCGGGUGAAGCUGGUGAAUCUGGGCUUCGCCACUCUGCGGGAGCACGUCCCCAACGGCGCCGCCAACAAGAAGAUGAGCAAAGUGGAGACUCUCCGCUCCGCCGUCGAGUACAUCCGCGCCCUUCAGCAACUACUUGAUGAGCACGAUGCCGUCAGUGCCGCCUCAGGCCGGGUGUUCUCUCUCCACCAUCUCACCAGCUACUCGCACGAUAUGAACUCCAUGGCGGGCUCCCCCGUCUCCUCCUACUCCUCCGACGAAGGCUCCUACGAUCCUCUCAGCCCCGAGGAGCAGGAGCUGCUCGACUUCACUAGCUGGUUCUGAGCGCCGGAGGCCCCUGCAGAAGGACAGUUGGAAAAGGGAAAAACAAACAAACAAACACAAUCACUCAUAAAAAAGACAGACAAAAAUCCACACAGAAAGAGAACCUGUUGCAUGUCCCCAUUCCCCGCCGUCGGAGGGCGGUGCGGGCACGUCUCUUGGCGGGCGAGCACAGCGUAGCGCCGCGGGGGCGGUCGAGGCAGCCACCCCUAGGCCCGGAGCCUGGCCGGCCUUUGCACUUCGUCGCGCCGCCACGGACUGCGCCUCGGCGGAGCAGGUGUCCCGCGGGGAAGCCGCUGCAGCCUCGGCCCCGGAUUGCCGUGGGGCAGGACGCUGCGCUCCUGGGCCUGGGGAGGAGCCGUUUCUCACCCUCCCCUCCAAGGCACAGCGGCAUCCACCCCCUCCGCACCCCGCCGCCACAACGACCCUUCGGAGACUGGCGUUCAUCAUUCUGUGGACAAAGUUAGUUCCCCGAUGUUUGUGGAGAUGUUGAAAUUAAACUAUGCUGUACUCAAAGAAGCCCCUGCUGCCCCGCCACCCCCUCUUUCCAGUGCCUCUUCCUCCCGUUGCUCCAAGCUCCUCUAGUUUCCAUCAUAGAAUGCUUCCAAUCUUUUUGUGAUUUUUUUAAUUAUAAAAAAUCUAUUUGUAUCUAUCUUAACCCAUUUUGGGGAUAUAUUAAGCUAUUUUUGUACAUAAGAGAGAGAGAUUUAUAGAGGUUUUGUACAAAUGGUUUAAAAUGUGUAUAUCUUGAUACUUUUUUAAUAUGUAAUGCUUAUUACCUCCUCAUGUUUAAACUUGUAGUCAAUGUUACCUUACAACUGCCAUUUUUGUAUGUGGUUUUGUAAAGGACUUGGAUUUCCUCCAGAUGUACUUUAGCACCAAUGUGUCUUACUUUAUAGAAACUUCGUUAAUGUAUUAAUAAUGUUAUUAAACUAUGUUCAAAGUGAACAAAGUUUAUGCAGCUGUUGUCCAAACGCAAAGUGGUAGCCAUUUGUUUUUAUAUACUGCCUUUUAGUGGGUAAACAAAACAAACAAAAAAAAGAAAAGAAAAAGAAAACCCCCCCACAAAUAAACAAACAAACAAAAAAAGAAUCCCUAUGCCACUGCCUUUUCUUACUGUUUUAUUACAAAGGUACAAAGGUCCUGUAUAACCCUGUUUUAUACAAACUAGUUUUCAUAAUAAAACUUUUUUUAAUUAAAA